AUGGCGGUCCCGGAGCCUAUGCGCGAAGGCCAGAUUGUCGACGGAAGAAUCCAGCUCUCGACAGCGUUAUGGGACACGUACCUCGAAAUGCCACGGCCACAGGAUGCUAAGGAGGUGGACCCGAGGGAUGUGAACACACCUGACAAGUGGAUCUGCAGGCAUCCGGCGAUGCAACGAAACACGGGCUUGCAUCCCUUCAACGCCGAGCCUCCUAUGCAGAAGCUGCAGGAUGCCGGGUGGAUCACUCCUGCCUCCUUGCUUGUGGUUCGCCAGCACGGAGCUGUGCCCCAGUUGAAGUGGUCCGAACACAAGUUGAAGAUCAAAGGAGUUCCCAAGCCAUGCGAGCUCAGCAUGGAUCAGAUUGCUUCUGGCGACUUCGGCUCCGUUGUGUCCUUCCCAGUCACCUUCAUCUGUGCCGGCAAUCGCCGAAAGGAGCAGAACAUGACCAAGAAGACAGUGGGCUUUGACUGGGGUCCAGCUGCAGUUGGGAACUCCGUCUGGACCGGAGUACGCCUAUGUGAUGUGCUGGCGCACGUGGGCAUCACUCGACCCACCAAGGAGUUCCGCUACGUUCACUUCGAGGGUCCGCUGGGUGAGCUUCCACAGGGCGAGACAAGGUCCUGGGGCACUUCAAUUGACAUCGGCUGGGCGCUAGACCGAGAAAGGGAUGUCAUUCUGGCCUUCAAGCAGAACGGCGAGCUGCUCACUCCGGACCAUGGCGCUCCCCUUCGCACAAUUCUGCCAGGGUGCAUUGGCGGGCGCAUGGUCAAAUGGCUCACGAGCAUGUGGGUUUCAGAUCAACCCUCGGAGAACCACUACCAUUACUUUGACAAUCGCGUGCUGCCACCUCAUGUCGAUGUUGAUCUAGCCUAUGCGGAAGGCUGGUGGUACAAGCCAGAGUAUGUGAUCAACCACAUGAACAUUAAUUCGGCGAUGUUUGAGCCCUGGCACAACUCCUACGUGAUUCUGGGCCAAGAGAGCACCCCAUCAACCGUCAAGGUGAGUGGUUAUGCCUACACCGGUGGUGGGCACAAGAUCAUCCGAGCGGAGAUUUCAGUGGAUUCAGGCAAGUGCUGGGAGCUUACAAACCUCACCCGCCCGGAGGACGAUAUCGCCGCAGCGCGCGGCACGGACAAACACUGGUGUUGGUCCUGGUGGGAGACCGAAGUCGAGCUGCUUAGAUUGCAGGGUGCCGAGGAGAUUUGUUGCCGAGCGUGGGAUUCCAACCACAACAGCCAGCCGGUUCAGCUCACGUGGACUGUCAUGGGGAUGCUCCACAAUGCCAUCUAUCGUAUCAAGAUCCACCGGGAGAAGACGUUAGACGGCCAGGACAUGAUCUGGUUUGAGCACCCUACUCAGGGCUCCAAUCCAGGCGGAUGGAUGACCGAUGCAGCUGGUCACUUCAAUGCCAGCGUAGCCUCCCCGGCGACACCUGGGCCGCUGGGCAUCUCCCCGCUCCGGCCACCCGCUGCUGUGUGGACAGGAGCUAAAGAGAAGUCCGUGGGCGCUGGAUGUGCAAAGAAGGCGGAGGCUGAGUCGCCGACGCCGAAGGAGGCUGGCAAGUUCGUGAAGUCUUCGGCUGAUUGGCUGACGAGUGGCAUUCCCAUGAGCGAGGUGAAGAAGCAUGACAGCCAACGAUCUUGCUGGUUUGUCGUGAAGAACAAGGUCUACGAUGGCACGUCCUACUUAGAGGAUCACCCGGGCGGAGCCUCCUCCAUGCUGCUGGCUGCUGGGCUCGAGGCCACCGGAGACUUCGAGGCGGUGCACUCAAGCAGAGCUUGGGGCAUGCUGGAGAACUACUACAUUGGCCCAUUGAAGCAAGAGCUCGUCAAGCCUGGCGACCUGCUGCUGAAGCUCCCAAGUAUCGCCAUGAGCUUCGCAUGGCGCCAGGUGUUUGGAGCAUUCGGCCUCUUUUUCGGCGCAGCGGCAUCCGCCCUUCGCCAAACUAUCGUGCCCGCUGUUUUCCUGAGCCAGAAGGAGACGAAGCAGCUUCACCUGUCGGAGAAGAUCACGGUAUCCCACGACACUCGGAUCUUCCGCUUUGCGCUCCCGUCCAAGUCCACACGCCUCGGGCUUCCGACCGGGAUGCACGUGAUCCUCAAGGCCAGCGUGGAUGGCAAGCCGGUGAUGAGGGCGUAUACACCCGUGACGGAUGACAGCACGCCGGGUCACGUCGAUCUGCUCGUGAAGGUUUACUUCAAGGAUGUUCACCCGAACUUCCCUGAGGGCGGCAAGAUGUCUCAGCACAUGGAGUCAAUGAAGAUCGGUGAUGCCAUUGAAGUGAAGGGUCCGGUCGGAGAUUUCGUCUACAAGGGCCACGGCCGCUUCACCUGGCGUGGGCAGCCAGGCUUUUGCAAGGAGAUCUCGAUGAUUGCAGGUGGAACCGGACUGACGCCCUGCUUGCAGGUGCUGUCGGCCAUCAUGCGGGAUCCCAAGGACGCCACAAAGGUUCGUCUGCUCUAUGCGAACAAGUCCUCUGGCGACAUUCUUGCCCGCGAGAUGCUGGAGAAGCUGGCCGCGGAGAAUCCGCAGCGGUUCUCCUUGCAUCUGACUCUGGACAGGGCCGACAGUGAGCAGUGGAAGGGCUACGUGGGCCACGUGAAUGCUGAGAUGGCUAAAGCAUCCUUGUUCAAGGCCGGACACGAGACGAUCUGUGCGAUGUGCGGUCCGCCAGCGAUGCUGGAGAAGGCUUGCCAUCCUGCUCUGGCAGAAAUGGGCUACAGCAAGAAGAACAUCUUUGAGUUCUGA